AUGCAAGAAGCAAUACUGCGCCAGAUAAAGGAAAUAAAGGAAAGGCUUGCCAACUUGCGCACACAGCGCGACUGCAUCCCAAAUGCAGAAACAGAAAUGUUUCCCUUUUCUUCUUCCCUGGACCUUCUAAGAAAAAUACAAAAUGAAGAGGACUAUCUAUAUGUAGAAGCUUCAAAGCUAAAAAAACAGCUUAUCCUUCACAUGGAAGAAUGCGGGAAAACAUCUUAUUCUCCAGAGGUAUACACUAUGCUAUACCAAGAUUAUAAUUAA